AUGGCUGCGGCACCACCACCAUCAAUUUAUACAGAAUCAUUUAAUACCAGUAGCAAUAACAAUAUUCAAAAUGAAGUAAAUGAUAACGAUAGAGAUACUAUUUUAUCAGGUUUUUCGUUCGACGAAUAUUUUUUAGUUAAUGAAUCUAUUAGUGUUAUAAAAGAAAAUAAUUUUAAACAGAUUGCACUUCAAUUACCAGAUUAUUUAUUAUGGGCAUCUUCAGAACUAUCAAAUAAAAUUCAAAAGAGUGUACCACAAGAAUAUGGUAUCAAAGUAUUCAUUCUUGGUGACACUUCAUAUGGUUCAUGUUGUGUUGACGAGGUUACCUCGUCACAUUUAAAAGCAGAUUUUAUAAUACAUUAUGGUCACUCAUGCUUAUCACCAGAAAUAUUAGCAGAGCAAUUCAAAAAUAAUGAGAAUAUAAAAGUUUCAAAUAUAAAUACUUUUAAUAAUAUUUAUUUAACAAAAUCAUUUAAAAAUAACAACAACAAUAACAAUAGCAUUAGCAACGAAAACUGUGGAGUAAGUGAUUGUUGCAGUUCAAAUAACAAUAAUAAUGAUGGUUGCUGUGGCAAUACAAAAAAUAAUGACAGUAGUUGUUGUAAUUCAAAUAGCAAUAGUUGUAAAAAUAAUAAUAAUAAUAAUAAUAUCAAUAAUAACAAUAUAGAUAAUAAUGAAAAAAAUAACUUAAUUUCAGGUAGAAUUGUUGACCUAAACGAAAAUGAUGAUAUUAAAAACUAUAGUUUUGUUUGGAUUGGUGAUGAAUCUUUAACAUUGACAAAUAUUUUAUUAAACUUUAAUCAGCAAUCAAUUUAUAGAUAUUAUAUCGAUAAUAAUAAAAUCGCACAAGAAACCUUACCAAGAAAUAAAAGUUUAAUGAGAAGAUAUCAUAUUUCAGAAAAAUGUAAAGAUGCAAGUGUUAUUGGUAUUGUUGUUUCAACUUUAUCAGUUGCAAAAUACUCUGAAACUAUAGAUGGAUUAAAAAAAUUAAUUAUAAGUAGUGGUAAAAAACCAUAUGUUUUUGUAGUUGGUCGUUUAAAUGUUCCAAAAUUAGCAAAUUUUUCUGAAAUAGAUAUUUAUGUCAUUGUUGCAUGCUCAGAAAACACAAUGGUUGAUUCAAAAGAUUUCUAUAAACCAAUUGCAACCCCAUUCGAAUUAAAUCUUGCAUUAAGAAAUGAACAAUGGACAGGUGAAUAUGUUACAGAUUUUGGUAAAGUUUUCCCAAAGCUCUUAGAAGAGAAAUUAGAAUCAACAAGAGAAAAACCAGAAGAUGAAGUUGAAGAUGACGAAGGUAAUAUACAUCAUUUCUCAUUAGUUACUGGUAGAAUCGUUUUACAAAAUAAAUCUACUCAGCAACAAGAACAACAAUCAACUAGUGGCGAAAUAGUUUCAGUAGAUAACAGCUUUAAACAAAUUUCAUUGGUCGAAAAUCAUUUACAAAACAAAACUUACAAAGGUUUGGAUAUGAGAAUUGGUGAAACUCCUGUAACAGCCGCUAUUGAAGGUUUAAGUGGUAUUCCAAAGAAUUAUACAAGCGAAAAGAAUAAUCUUAAUAAAUAA